AUUGCAAUGCGAUUCUGCAUUUGAACAGAACAAAGCUGCAUGACUGAAGACAAGGAUUGGUGUUUGAAUAGACGUCUUGAUGGACGGUACAAAGAAGGAAGUGCACACAUUUAACAUCACUGUGCUGGGGGACACUGCUGUAGGAAAGUCCUCUUUGCUUGAGCGUUACACUCAUAAUGUGUUCAGUCAAUUUAUAGAAUUGACAAUAGGUGCACAGGCUUUCGUCCGCUCAUUGAAUGUUGAGCCAGGGGUCCAUGUAAAAUUGCUCAUAUGGGACACAGCAGGAGUGGAGCGUUGUAGGUCAUUAACUCUCUGCUACUAUCGCCAUUCUGUGGGAGGACUGCUGGUGUUUAACAUAGCUAGAAGAGACACAUUUGAGAGCAUAAAACAAUGGCAUGCUGAGUUGUGCAAGGUUAAGAGUGAAGUUGUAUUAAUGCUAGUGGGUAAUUGGUGUGAUGAGGUGCGCAGAGAAGUGAGCCGAGAGGAGGCGGAGAGGCUGGCCGAAGAACUGGACAUGCCCUAUGUGGAGACUUCUGCCAAAACCGGGCAAAAUGUCAGCGAGGUAUUUGAAAACCUAACUCGGCGCAUUUAUCAGAGGCUGAGUGGUGAUGCUGCACACGACUUAAAGGGUGAACAUUGCUAAUUUUUUUUUUUAUCUCUUCAAAAACAUACAUGUUUAACAAAUAAAUCCUGCAUAUAGGCUUAAACUUUAUUUAGGCAUUCUUCUCUCAAAACUGAAAACACCUUCCACCUUGUGAUGUCAUUGAGUGGUGAUACAGGAAGCGCGCCUCUGUUUUCAAUUUACAUAAAAUUUCACUAGAAUUACUUUGAAUAAUUUUAACCCUGGAAUUGCCAAACUUUGAAGGUACAUCUAUUGUUUUAGCCUUGUUGUAAUUUCUUGACUCCUCGGUAUACCAGAA